UGCCGCGAGAGGAUAACGGCCAAUUUGAGAAUUACGAUCCCUUUCGAAUGACUCGACUGUUGCACAAGGUAGCCAGGAGUUGGCCGCCGGACGAAAAAAAUCAUCGGCACGGUAUCCUGAGAAAAUUUUUGCACGUGUCGCCACCGAUCAUCUGUAUCGUCCUUUACAUUUAUAAUCUGAGCGGAUUUAUGACAGCAAGAACUGUCGAAGAUAUAUUAGAGGUGAUCAAUUUUGUAUCGGUCUUUACAACGGCAACAGGAAGAAAUUUCUUACUUGCGUUAACGAAACCGAAAAUUCACGCAUUGGUCUCAAAGACGAUUGAAAUGGAAAAAACGAGACGAGCCGAUGAAUUAAGCUCCAUCCAAUGUCAAAUAAUGAAAAAAUGGCGAAACAUUCACGAUAAACUGACCAAGUUUUCAAUUUACGGCGUGUGGGUCGGAGCUUUGAUGUACUUGAUCCCACCGAUAUUUUUUUCGAAGCUACCUUUUCCUGGCUACUCGACGAAAGGACUUGAAGAAUCUAAAUGGUUCUACGCGAUAUACUUCCUACAGUUGCUGUUCGCGUGCAUAUUCAUACCUCCCUGGAUAUCCGUCGAUUUUUACGUCUGUACCUUUCUGUGCACACUCUGCCGAGAGUUGGACAUGUUUUACGACGCGAUGCAGAAUAUACGUGACAAAGACAGGUCCUAUUUGUAUCGAGUUAUCGAUAGGCACAGCAGAAUUUUGACGUACGGCAUGGAGGUGUGCGACAUCGUGAGCUACUCCUUCGGAGUCGUUCACGCUUCUUACGGCGUUUUUUUGAUUUUCGGAACGAUAGCCAUGACUCAGAUAAAUUGGAGCACCCACGGUGGCUUGGCGAUCAGAAACAUCAUAACGAUGAUCGUUUGCGCGAGCAGCCUGUCCCUGAUGUGCUUCAUCGGCGAUCUGAUCCAGGAUCUGUCGACGCGACUGGGCGACUGCAUCGUUCUGGACAAUUUUCUCGAUCGCCGCAAGGACCGAAAAUACCUGAAACUCCUCGAGAUCGUGCACGCGCGCAGCUGCUGCAGCCUGAAAAUCAAGUACUCGCCGAACAUGAUAGUCAACAUGCAGAUGUACAGCGUCACCCUGAAUUACAUACUGUCGAUAUACACGUUCGCACUGACCGUAAUGGCUUGAUCCAAGUUACGAUUUUCACAAGAUGAUAAUUUAUUCGUCCUCCUUUUUUCUUCUUCUACGACUGUCCAGAGACUCGGGAAAGAGAUGAUGACUAUUGUUUUGUUUUCGAACCACGAUAAAACUUUUAUUUUGUCUCAAUUAAAACUUUGUAUCACGAACGAGUGUACGGCAUUUUCAAUGAC